AUGGCGCGCGCGCGGAUGUGGAAAGAGAGAGAGAGCUUCUGGCGCGACGUGGACGCUCCGUCCGAUGCGGCGCCGUCUGCUGCGAAGGUUCGGGUCGCCAAGUGGUUUUACUGUGGCCUGCGUGGGCUCUCCGCGCGGAGGUUCUCCCCCGGCAUUGGCAUCCGCGCUGCCAAGGCCAGGGCGGGCCGGGGCGCGGACGAGUGCGUGGGGGCGGAGGGCUUCUUCGAGUUGCAGUGCGCUAAUGAUUCCGGAGCUGGGGCGUGCGGUGACGCGGCGGAGAAGGCGAACUUUGCUCUCGUGCAGGAUUGGCUGGAGUCGCGCCGUUCGAGGAUGCGAGUCUAUGAGGCGGAGAGUGCAGAUGGUUUACUGCGUGGGGAGUGUUCCGGCGCGUGGUUUUUGGGUUCCGCGGGGGGGGCCGAGAUCGGCAGCGUUGUGUGGUACCCAGAGGGCCAUGUCGCGACGGUCGUUGAUGUGGACGGUCGCUUGGCCGCUGGCGUAUCUCUCGGAGCCACAGGCGCCGCGCCGUGGCUGCGGUCGAUUGCAGGCGCGCCGAAGAGGAGUGCGCCGAAAAAGAAGGCAGCCGCGAAAAGCAAGCGAGGUGCGCAUCUCCGCGGUGCGCAGAACCCGAACGUCAUGGCGGGCGUUGCUGCGCGGGAGCGACGCGCGACCGGUGAGGAUGGGGCGCCGUCGUCGUCUGGCGAGGACAUGCCAGUCAUCCCGGGAGUCACCGUCGACGAUGCCGAUUCGGGCGAUGCCGCGGGGGCGUCCGUGCUUCGUCGACCUGCAGCUGCGGUCGCCACGCGCGGCCGUGCGUCUGGGGACGAGAGCGAUUCGGGUGAGGACAUGCCGAUGCUUCCAGGGGUUACGGUGGAAGAGGAUGACGCGGGGGCUGCUCGGGCGCGAUCGGACGCCGUCGCACCGCAGGCAUCGGCUGCGAGGCGCGCUCUUCGGGGCGCGGCUUCGGCCGCGGCGCCGCCGAGCGAUUCUUAUGGCGAGGAGAUGCCUGUCCUUCCUGGAGUGACCGUGGAC